UGAUCCUAAUUGGGAAGCUUCAGCGCUGGAUCAGGGACCCAGAACCAGGAGCUGGAACCCCUAUAAUUGAGGCCAAUAAGUGUACUUCAUAGAAAGGCAUUGGAAAGGCGAAGGCCUCGGCUCGUGACAGGGCCUCCAGGCCUGGCGACUUGUCCCUGAGCGAGCGAGUGAUCCUCAAAUACUCAUGCUCUAGUGACUAUUACAAUGAACGUCAUGCACCACGCGUCGGCCUGUGAUGCAGCAGCGAGGACGCAGCGGAUGGGCAUCGUGAUCGCGACAGGCCCAAGCCGCAUCGCCACCUGCGCCGUCGCCGUCUCCUCCAGCGCUAGCGCCCCACUCCUCCCUCCAACGCAACCUCCCCUAUCCGCAUCCGCCCUCCCAGCCCUCCCUCGCCAUGCCCUCCCCGUCCCCAGUCGCCAAGCACCCUCUCGCCGCCAAGCACCCUCCCUCCUCCACCCCUCCCUGCGCACUCGGACCCGCAGCACCCAAGCCAGCUCGCCCCCUCCCGAUCCGCACGACCCCCUCAACCCCCAGCAAUUCCCCUCCCUCGACCCAUCCCAACCCUCAACCCACCCAAACCUCGACAACCCCAGCAGCGCUGCUCCCAGCGCCUACGUCAGCGCUGCCACCGACAGCUUCUCCGACCCCGCAGCCAGCACUUGGGACCCGCAGCAGCAGCCGUACGACUUCUCCCUCGCUGAGUCCGCGUACACCGCAACGCUACCACCCCCACUAACACCAUCCUCUGCCACUGCCUCGACAGCAGCACCAGAAGCAGCGGAAGCUCAAGUCCCGGCAGUAGCAGCAGCAGCAGCCGAAGCACCAGCCGGCAGUGCUGCUGCUGCGGUUCCUCGCUCGCCGCAUGCUCCCCGCCGCGUGUGCAUCUUCGUGGAGCCCUCGCCCUUCACCUACGUGUCGGGCUACAAGAACCGCUUCACCACCAUGAUCCGGUUCCUGGUGGAGGCGGGCUGCGAGGUGCUGGUGGUCACAACGGGCAAGGGCUACACGCUGCCGGGAGUGGAUUCCUCCAGCUUCCGCGAGCAGCCCGGCAGCUGGGCGGGCGCACGGGUGGUGUCGGCACUCAGCUUCGGCUGCCCCUGGUACGCGCAGGUGCCGCUGAGCUUCGCACUGUCGCCCAGGAUAUGGCGGGAAGUGAGGGACUUCCGCCCCGACCUCAUCCACUGCUCCUCCCCCGGCGUCAUGGUCUUCGCCGCCAAGCUGUACGCCUGGCUGCUGCGCGCCCCCAUCGUGCUGUCGUACCACACCCACGUGCCGUCGUACCUGCCGCGGUACGGCAUCAGCUGGCUGGUUCCCGCCAUGUGGGGCUUCCUGCGGCUGCUGCACGCCACGGCGCACCUCACGCUCACGGUGAGCCCCGCCAUGGUGGAGGAGCUGCUGGCUAACAAGGCGGUGGAGCGACGGGAGCAGAUACAGGUCUGGAAGAAGGGUGUCGACUCGGACACCUUCCACCCUCGCUUCCGCUGCGACGCCAUGCGCUCCCGCCUCACCGCCGGCCGCCCCGAGCGCCCCGUGCUGGUGUACGUUGGGAGGCUGGGCUUCGAGAAGAACCUCUUCUUCCUGCGCCGCCUGCUGGACCGUAACCCGGGGGUCAGCCUGGCGUUCGUGGGGGACGGCCCCGCGCGCGCGGAGCUGCAGACCGCCUUCCAGGGCACCCCCACCACCUUCCUGGGCAUGCUGCAUGGUGAGGACCUGUCGUCCGCCUACGCCUCCUCCGACGUGUUCGUAAUGCCCAGCGAGAGCGAGACGCUGGGCUUCGUGGUGCUGGAGGCCAUGGCGGCGCAGCUGCCCGUGGUGGCAGUGCGCGCGGGGGGCAUUCCCGACAUCAUCCGGCCGGAGGAUAACGGUGUGACUGGGUUCCUGUACGAGCCGGGUGAUGAGGAGCGGGCUGCGGAGCUGGUGGGGCAGCUGGCGGCGGACCUGGAGCUCAGGGCUCGUGUGGGCGCCCGGGCCCGCCAGGAGGUGGCCAAGUGGGACUGGCGCGCCGCCACGCUCCACCUCCUCAACGUGCAGUACCCGCUAGCCAUGGCGGCGGCUGCAGUACAGUACGGCAGGGCGCUGGGGCAGGUGGCGGCGGAGGCGGCGGCGGGGGCCGUCCUGGCAUCACAGCAGCAGGAACAGGCUGCUGCUGCACUUACAGCACAGGCGGCUUGAGGAGGAGGAGGAGGAGGAGGAGGAGGAAGGAAGCGGCGGUGCCGGCGUGAGAGGAGAAGCGCACCGGUACCGGUAGUUGCUGGCGGGCGUUGCAUUGAGCGUUGGAGAGGCAUGCAUGGGUGCUUGGGGAGGCAGGAAAGGAGCAAAGGAGCGACGAAGAUCUCAAUGCAUAUGAGAGGGGCGUGUGGAAGUAGUGCUGCGUGCAUCCCGGUGCAAGGGGCUGCGGUAGGCACGAGGCGGGGAUGAAAGAAAGAGCGUGGAAGAAAGAGGGUGGAAGCAAGUAGGUAAAGGGAAGUCCAGCUAUGGGAAGUCCUUGGGGCAUGGGUUGCUGCUUGCUGGCGCGGUGGUUUUGUUCCUGGGUGUUCUUGCUUGGUGCAAAGGCUGUGCGGAUGUGUCCUAUGCAGGCUAUGGUUGUGUGGGAAUAGUGAAGUCCUUGGGGCCUGUGUGCUAUUGCUUGCCAGAGCUUUCCGAGGGCUGUUGCACAUGCAUGCAACGUAGGAUCAGAUCGUCUAAACCGUAUGGUUCGUCUAACCGUAUGGUAUAUGCAAUCGGCCGCGUGUGUUCUUUCUGCGUGUGUGUGGUGCAUGUGCUAGGCAGUUGCCAAGCAUGAGGGAGGUGAUGAGUGGUAGUGCAAGCUGACCAGCUCACCGCUUCCCCUGCUUGUGUUAUAUCUCGUAUGUAUGUGGGUUACUCCCAGCGAAACAUGCAUGCAUCUAAAUGGAGCGAAACGCCGAGAAGACCGUAAUAUUUGGUCAAAAGCCUGCGCUGCGGGCUGUCUGCAACGGCAGGCGCCUGGCAGGCAAUAAGUAUUUUCCGAGGGUUAGGAGACAACCAAAGGUUAUUACAGAGGAGAAGAAAAAGCGUGUGCGCAUGUGACGAACUUGAUGAUGAAGGUGCUGGCCAUGCAAGGAGCCCCGUGAGGUCUUACCGUACACAUGUUGAGGAGGAGCAUGUGUGUGCUGUGCGUUUUCUUACGGAAACAUUUAAAGGUUUAAGCUGGUUUCGGAGCAAAUUGCUGCUGGAGAUCUUAGCAAGAGAGAGCAGGAGGGGACGGGGAUCCGGCACACAUUUAUGUUGCAUCCGUGGCAGGGGCGUAAGCCCCUAUUGCCGAGAUCUUGCAGUGCGUUGUACCUCAUGACAUACGUCAGCAAUGAUCACCUCGCUGUGUAUGGCCGUCAUUGACGUUCGUAGCCGUCAUCGCCUUUCCGGGCCUGUCCUAACACCUUAUGGCCUCAUGCUGCUCGGGGGAUAAUGGGAUAAGGG